CCCGCCACGUCAUUUUGCAUGAAACUCUGUCUCUCCCUAAUGCGUGCGCUGCACCAGCUGGUGCAUGUGACUUGCCCAGCAUAACCGUUCAGUGCGCCCCGUUGAGACUUAGUGAGGUGUAAGACAAUAUAUCGCUAUCCAUCGUCGCAAUGUUGACGCGCCCACUGCCCUCAUGAUCGCCAAUGGCCACCGCUUCGUGCCCUCAUCGCUAAUCUCAGACGACAAGCCCAUCUCCAUCCGCCCCAAAUCCGGCAUCAUGUCACUCGACCUGGGCGUGGCUGAUCCGUUCACUCGGCAUAGCCAUCAUAACGAGAUACCCACGACAUACGCCGACCCGGCGCUAGACGUUCUUGAGCGCAUCGACGAGAAUGACUUCGACGAGGACUCCAUCAAAGAGACUCCCCCACGGCCCAACCAUCAGAGGCAGACGAGCGAACCGCGACCUCUGGGCGAGGUGAUGGAUGAGGUUGAGCGGACCGGCAGUCCGAGCUUGCGGCAUCCCAAGGGAAGGCUGGAGGGCAAGGCCGGCGGGUUCCUGCAGGGCAUUCAAAUGACUCCCCAGGAGAGCUUGUCCCUCGACGGCGUGGACGAGGCCAAGCAGAAUGGAGUACCGCAUUCACCCAGUCUCGCUGCAUACACGAACGGCAACGGCGUAGCUGCGCGACAUGCGUUGGGUACAGAGGCGCCAGACACUUACGAGGCGAUAGGCGAGGACGAGAGCCCGCGGAGCCCGGUGCGGAAGGCGCACAAGCGCGUGUCUUCGCGGUCGCUGAACGGCACGGCGAAGAGGCAGCAGCUUGAGCAAGUCGAUGAGCAACUCGAGUCUGAUGGACAAACCCAGCACAACGAGCAAGUUGAGCAGAAUGAAGAAGUUGAACGGAAUCAGCUGGCCGAACGUAACGGGGAGCUGUCAGCAAUAACAAAACCUGCAGCAACGUCGUCGGGUGGAGUUGACGAGCAAGAUCAAAGACCUGCUGUCGACCAGGAGCAUGCAGCGCCUGCACUGUCGUUGCCCAACGGUGCGGAUGAGCAUAACCAGGAACCAUUCCUCGACGAGGAGCACGCAACGCCAGGGCAGCUCGUCUACGAGAACCUACGGAGCAGCAAGUCCGGCACGAAUCUGGCCUCGAUCAAACCUUCAGCCAACUAUCAGAUAUCACUAGCGCAACGAGAAGACAAGCCACCCACAAGCGAAGCACCAGGCGAAGCCAGCAAAGCACAAGCGCACAUGCGAAGAGACAGUGAGCUGGUCUCCGGUCGGCGAGCCGGUGCAGGCUGGUCAAGAAGCGCAAUCCGAUGGGCACCACUCAACGUACCUCUCCAAAGGCGACUACAAACCUGCAUGGUGCUCGUCCACACCCUCAGCAUAGCCGGAAGCCUAGCCAUCUUCUUCCUACUAUGCACCGUUCCUCUUCUCUGGCCAAUCCUCCUACCAUACCUCCUCUACGUCCUACUAUCGCGAGCAGCGGUCGACGGCAAACUCUCCUUCCGCAACGACUACCUUCGCCGCUCAAGAAUCUGGUCCCUCUUCGCCUCCUACUUCCCAGCCCGCCUCCACCGCAGCCAAGAGCUCGAACCGGGACGGAAAUACAUCUUCGGCUACCAUCCGCACGGCAUCAUCUCGCACGGCGCCUUUGCCGCUUUCGCCACCGAAGCUCUGGGAUUCAGCCAGCUGUUCCCGGGUAUCACGAAUACUCUCCUCACGCUCGACAGCAACUUCCGCGUCCCGCUGUAUCGGGAGUACGCGCUCGGCAUGGGUCUCGCGUCCGUGUCACGGGAGAGCUGUGAGAAUAUCCUUGCGCGUGGCGGGCCGAAUGGCGAAGGUAUGGGUCGGGCUAUCACGAUUGUGGUGGGAGGUGCCCGGGAGUCGCUGGACGCCAAGCCGUAUACCUUACGACUGGUUCUGAAGCGGAGGAAGGGCUUCGUCAAACUCGCCAUUCGCACUGGAGCUGAUCUCGUACCUGUACUCGCCUUCGGCGAAAACGACAUUUACGAUCAAUUCGACGCUAGCUCGCACCCGCACGUUCACCGAGCGCAGUUGUUUGUGAAGAAGAUGAUGGGUUUCACCAUCCCACUCUUCCACGCGAGAGGCGUCUUCAACUACGACGUAGGCCUCAUGCCCUACCGCCGCCCCAUCAACAUCGUCGUCGGCCGGCCCAUCCCCAUCGUGCAGAGCAAGACGCCCGACCCGGCGUACGUGGAUCAGAUCCAUGAGCUGUACGUUGCCGAGUUGGUGCGGUUGUGGGAUGAGUGGAAGGAUACUUUUGCGCGGUAUCGGCAGGGGGAGUUGGAGGUGGUGGAGUGAGGGGAUGCAAUGCAAUGCAAAUGUUCCCGCUUAUAGGCGGUUUUCUUGGAUGUCGUUCGUAGUGUAACAUGAUGAUUUGGAGUGGGAUGUACAGAUCUUUAAUGUCUGUCAAGAUCUGUUGAAGACGGAUUUAUUCUGUUCUAUUCCUUUUCUCGCAGAACUCGCGACUGCCAGCGCUUUGCUACUACAUGUACCGUACGGUUAAGAGUAACCGAUCGGGGUUAGCGCACGCUCAACCCGACAUACCUCCAGGCUGCGCAGAACAAGUG